CAGCUACAGUAUGUCUCUCCAGAAAGAAUCCACAAUGAAAAAAACAACCUACAGUUGCUUCUUAGUGAUUAUCCUUCUAAUUAGAAUGGUUCCAAGUCUUACUUCUACUGUAAAUUACACUGAUCCUACAUUAGAGCCUGUAGUGACUGAAAAUUCAGUCAUACGACAGAAGAUAAUAGAUUCGCAGUUCAAAUGCUAUGAGAGGAUGAACAGAGCUCCUCCAUAUAGGAAAAAAGGUCCGUUCUGUAACCGAACAUGGGACGGAUGGUUGUGCUGGGAUGACACACCUGCUGGAAGAGUCACUGCUCAGAAUUGUCCAGAUUAUUUUCCAGACUUUGAUCCAACUGAAAGGGCUUCAAAGUAUUGUGAUGAAACUGGAAACUGGUUCCGACAUCCUGAGAGCAACCGAACAUGGUCCAACUAUACUCUCUGCAACUCUUUCACCUCUGAAAAACUGAAGAUGGCGUUCAUACUUUAUUAUAUGGCAAUUGUUGGCCAUGCUUUGUCUAUAACAUCCCUGUUGAUUUCGUUGGCAAUUUUCUUCUAUUUCAAGAGCCUGAGCUGUCAAAGGAUAACGCUGCACAAGAAUUUGUUUUUUUCUUAUGUGCUGAACUCCAUGUUUACCAUUGCCCACCUCAUUGCUGUGGUUCCUAAUCCAGGCCUUGUAAAAAGGGAUCCCGUAAGCUGCAAAGUGCUGCAAUUCUUUCAUCAGUACAUGCUGGGCUGCAACUAUUUCUGGAUGCUCUGCGAAGGCAUUUAUCUUCACACUUUAAUUGUGGUGGCGGUGUUUGCUGAAGAGCAGCGUUUACACUGGUAUUACCUCUUGGGCUGGGGGUUCCCCUUAGUGCCAGCAUCUAUUCAUGCUGUUGCAAGAGCCAAAUACUUCAAUGACAACUGCUGGAUGAGCGUUGACACUUACUUGCUCUAUAUUGUUCAUGGACCUGUAAUGGCAGCUUUAUUGGUCAAUUUUUUCUUUUUGCUUAACAUCGUCCGAGUUUUGGUGACAAAGCUAAGAGAUACUCACCGUGCUGAGUCCAACAUGUACAUGAAAGCUGUCAGAGCCACUUUAAUCCUGGUGCCCUUACUAGGAAUUCAGUUUGUUAUUAUCCCCUGGAGACCAGAAAAUCGACUUGCUGGAGAAAUAUAUGAUUACAUCAUGCAUAUAUUAAUGCAUUACCAGGGCUUGCUCGUUGCAACUAUAUUCUGCUUCUUCAAUGGCGAGGUACAAGGAGCUUUGAAAAGACAAUGGACACAGUAUAAAACACAGUGGGGUCAAAGGCGCCGAGAGCACUGUUCCACGCGAUCUACCUCCUACACGGCAACGUCCAUCACAGAGGUCCCCGUCUACUUGUACCAUCAUGACUCCAACAACGAACAGCUAAAUGGAAGAUACAUAGAUGACUCUGAACUCGUUGCAUUAAAAUCUGGAGAGACAUCUGCCUAGCUCAACAGCAGCCAUUGCAAACUCAUCAUUUCACAUUCUGCUUUUGAACAAAUUAGGGAGAAGGGUGGAAGCGUGGAAAUGAAGCCAUGGUGUCAGAGGGCAUGGCCAGAUGACAAAACACAUUAUAUUCAAACCACAUCAGCCUUUUC